AUGUGGCUGAUAUUUUGUUUGAUAACUGUAUCAUAUGCUAUACCAGUAGAUUUUCCGUGUUAUGAUGAAACAUGGUUGUAUUCGAAUGAAACAGGAAAAUGUUAUAAGGCGAUAUUAGGAGCACAAAAGUUAACAUUUGCAAAUGCUGCUAUAGCUUGUAAAACACAUCUACAAAGUGUUUCACAAGUUUCAGUAAAUUUGUUACAGUUUGCCGAUGAAAAUGAGGCUGAUUCAGUUGUGAAAAUGUUAUCUCAAAAUGGAUAUAGAGAAACAGUAUGGCUUGGUGCGAAUCGAAGUGAUCCGAAACAACCAUUUUUAUGGUAUAUGGAUGGUACUACAGCCAGUUUCAGUUACGUUUCAUGGUCUGAAGGAACUAAAACAGGCGACUGCAUUGAUUUCGUAUAUUCAACUCAACCAGUUACAGGAACAAACAAAUGGACUGUUAUAAAAACUAUUGAUAACAAACCAUGUGAUUUGACACGUUCUUUUAUCUGUGAACAUAAAGUUCCACUUUGUACAAAUCCACAAGGUGGUUUUAAUUCAACAACAAUGGUUAUGAAACCUGUUAUAAUGGCUCCAGGAUCUAUUGUACAAGCAGUUUGCUCUCCUGGUACAUUCAAAGAUACCAGUGCAUCAACUAACAGAUUGUCUGGUUUCGAUGUGGAUUUAAGUUUACCAGAAAGUUCCUACAAAUGUACAGGAAUACGAUUCAAUAAUAGUGAACAACCUCAAGAUCCACUUAAAUAUCAACCACAACUUUUUUAUUCUGGUUAUACAUUGGCACCAUGUUCACGUGUGAAAUGUCCACUUUAUCCUGAACUUUUGGAUAAUAUAGAAAACAAACCUCAGGUUUCAACUGAUCCAAAUAGUUUAAUUUAUGACUAUGGACAAAAUAUUUCAUUACAAUGCAGUCGUGGAUAUGUGAGCUUUCAAAAUCCUAAUAGUACAUUAGCAACAAUGAUUUGUGCCCAAGCUAGUGGAAUUUCUAGUCAAGGUUUAUGGAAUCCAGAAAAUUAUCAGGCAUGUGUAGCUGUACGUUGUGAUCAGAAACAACUGGAAAGUAUGAUACCUAAAAAUGCAAAGCUAGUUAGUGCACGUAAUCGUAUUACAGAUCAAGUUUUCGGUUCACAUCAAGUUAAUCAGUUUUACUCCUAUGGAAAUAUUAUUUCUAUCAGAUGUAAUCCAGGUUAUUUAUUUAAUGAUCGUACAACAGAAAAAUCUGUAUCCUGUGAAUUAGCAUCUGGCUCAGAUACAGUUGGAGAGUAUCGAGGUUAUUCUGGUACCGUACUGCCUUUACCAACAGAAUGUCAAGAGGCUACUUGCUUAUACGAACAGGCUGUAAUACAAUCGGAUUCAAAUAUGCAACCAUAUUUUAUUGUCGUAAGAAGUACUAUUGAUGUAGUGAACUUAACCAGGCAUGCUGGAGUUCCAUAUCCGCGUGGAACAGUGAUUCGAUACUUUUGCAAGGAUGGAUAUGAAAGCAUAAAUCAAAAUUCAGAAUUAAAUAUCACUUGCGGUGAUUAUGGCCAGUGGAUACCACAGUUGGUCGGUUGUAUUGCUCGAAUUGAAAAAGUCCCUGUCACCAAACGAUUUUCUAAAUCCUGUAUUAUAAGACUUCUUAUUUCAAAACCACUUAUAAGUGCACACGAAUUCAAAACAUCCUAA